GGGAGUACAUGGCUCGGUCCCCUAAAGCGGAACAGACGCACCGCAAAGAACCAAACGGGAGAAGAGGUUGAGGAGGCGUCGGUUUGAACGGAGCUGCUCUGUUGAAAUCACAAGAGACUGGUGAAGCUGCCACGCGAGUGAGACUUGGGGAUACGACAACGAACAAAAGAGGAACGUCCCAAAUGGUACAAAGACUUUAAAAAUACAUACAAUAUACCUGUCAUCAAGGAAGUCCUGAAACGGGAGCGAGUCAAGAAUGUCUGGAGAAGCAGGUCUGAUCUACUUGGUGACUGGGGGUUGCGGUUUUCUUGGUCAGCACCUUCUGCAAAUCUUAUUGGAGAAAGAAGACAAAGUGAGCGAAAUUCGACUUUUUGACAAACAGACCGAUCCUAGUUUACAAAAUCACAGUACAGAGGGGGUGAAGGUGGUGGUGACACAGGGAGACAUCACCGACUAUCCCAGUGUGCUGGCAGCAGCCCAGGGUGCAGACCUGGUCAUCCACACAGCCAGCCUGGUGGACGUUUGGCACAGGGUCCCUGAACAGGCUAUCCAUGCUGUCAACGUCCAAGGCACAGUGAACGUGAUCAAUGCAUGUGUGGAGAGUGGGAUUCAGUAUUUGGUCUACACAAGCAGUAUGGAGGUUGUAGGACCCAAUGUUAAGGGAGAUCCUUUCAUCAGGGGGAACGAGGACACAGUGUACAAUGUGUGCCAUGAGAUGCCCUACCCCAAGAGCAAGGCAGAGGCAGAGAAAUUGGUACUGGAGGCCAAUGGCAAGAAGGUGAGUGGAGGGGCACGUCUGUACACUUGUGCCCUUCGUCCCACUGGGAUUUAUGGAGAACAGCACCAGCUGAUGAAGGACUUCUACCAGAUGAGUGUGCGCACUGGAGGCUGGGUGAUCCGGGGGGUCCCCCAUAACACAGAGCACGGCCGUGUGUAUGCAGGCAAUGUGGCCUGGAUGCACCUGCUGGCAGCAAGGUCCCUGCGAGAGCACCCCCACAGACUGGGAGGGGAAGUGUACUUCUGCUACGACGACUCGCCAUACAAGAGCUAUGAGGACUUCAACAUGCAGUUCCUGUCAAAGUUUAACUUCCGUGAGGUCCAGAUACCGCUGUGGCUGCUGUGGAUGGUUGCGUGUCUGAACGACCUGCUGCACUGGCUACUUAAGCCAGUGUGGAGAUACACGCCGCUGCUCAACCGCUACACGCUGGCUGUGGCCUGCACCUCCUUUACUGUGGGCACCGACAAGGCUGAGCGCCAUUUCCAGUACCACCCACUGUAUGACUGGGACCAGGCCCGGGCUCGCACCCAAAGCUGGGUCAACACUUUCGCACACAAUGCCAAGGACUCCUGACCCAGUGGGGCAUAGGGGACAUCCCCUGAAAUGUGUAAGAUGAAAUUCUUUUGAGUUGCUUGCAGAAUUUCUCCAGCAGCAGAUCCAGGGGAUCAUGAUUUAUUCUGUGUGAUUUGUGUGCUUCUGAGAAUCAUUCUGCCUUUUCUUCCAUAAACAGUGGAUCAGGAACAACUUUUGCUGUUCUGGUUUGUCUGCCAAUUUUUCUGUUUCGUUAUUUCCAUUAUCCUUUGUAUUGGUGAUCAUUUCUCACACUCAUUCCCACCCCUCUCUUUCCCUCCCUUUUCCUCCUUUCUUCUCUAUCUGCCCCUCUGUGUAUGUAUUUAUCUAUGUAGUAUCUUCCUGGAGGCUAUCCGCCUCCUGCAAAGUAGUCAGUAUACAAAUAGCAAUAACUGAAGCUAAAAGAAGUAUUAGAAAUUAUAUAAAAAUAUUAACAUACAUAGAGAGAGAGGGAGAGAGUGAACUAUGUAGUUAUAUUUAUGUAAGCACAUAUUUGAUGAUGUAAUUUUUUUUUAAGUUUAGCACACUGAAAUGGAUCAUCAAAGAUGUGCAUAUAUAUUUGUGUUCCACAGUUUAUCAUCAGCAAUAAGCACACUACAUUGUAUUACAGCAGCUUUUCCUAGCACUGAUUGUGACAGUGUAAUAACAGUAUUUUUGUUUUCAACAUUAUGCUUUUCUGCAAAAGUAUACAUGUACAUGCCACCUUUAUGACUGUUUAUUCAUGUUCACAGUGAAAAUAGUCUCACUGCUCUUUAAAAUUCCAUUUGACAAAGCAAGUCCUCCAGACAAAGCCAAAGUGCAUUCAUCACAGCACUAUCACGCUGGUUAACAAAGUGAACCUCAGACAUUUCACUUAGUUUCAAUUCAUUAUGGCUGUAAAUGGUGCAGGUCAAGCAUAGGCUAUUGCCAUUGGUUUGAUGGCACAGGUCAGCUUUCCAUUGCAAAACACUAUGAUUCAUUUUAGGCAUUAUUUACUGCAGUUCUCCUUUGAGUUGUUACUUGGCAUCCAGACAGAUGAGUCGGUAUACAUGGGUAUGCCAUCUGAAUUAUUUUGGGGUUUUUUUUAUGUAUGUGUUGAAAUGUCUUUUUUUGGCUGGCUUGUGGGAGAAGUGUUGUCAUGGCAACUGCUGUUGAGCAUGUUUUCAGAAAUUGUGUUGUGCAUUCACAAUGUUUUUCAAUGCAUGAAAAUGACAACAGUAUUAAUAUGCAAGAUCCAUAUUUUGUACUCAAUCAGCAGUAUCUCUGCCUACACUAAACACAUUUUAGUUUCAGGUGUCAUUUGUAAAUCUGUUCGUCAGCACCAUUAACCCCACUACAUGAUUACGACAGCUAACAAAGUUUUAAAAAAUUACAAUAAUAACACUCCAUUAACUUUGUGGAUCAACAUACCAGGAGCAUAAUUUAACAUCCUGACUGAAUGUAGAUGGUUUUGAUUAUGAAUUUUUGUAAACUGGAUUAUAUUCCUUUAUUUCCCUUUUGAUCAAUCAGAGCUCUUUUGAUUCAAAGCACAAAAUAACACA